AUUUCUCGCAGCUCAACUUGCGCCAUGCCCUCUGAAGAGGAUUGUGAAUGUGCCCUGUGCCAUGAGCUGAUGGUUCAGCCAGUGGUACUGCCAUGUUCACAUGUGUUCUGCAGACACUGCCUUGCGGAGUGCCUUCGUGGCCCCGCCCGUCGUUGCCCGCUCUGCCGGCGCUUGCUGCACGCCACCAGCGUGGAGGAUUUGGCAGUUUGCAGUCUUCUUAGCUCUUUCUUGGAGGAAAAAUUCCCGGAGGAGUAUCAGAAGCGUUGUGAAAUCGCCAAGGAAUGUCCCGUGGAACUUCGACCAAGCAGUGAGACACAGGAGUUGCCUCUCUUUGUUCUUGAUGCCAUGCUGCCGCUGCAGCGUUUGCAUCUGAAUGUCUUUGAGCCCAGAUAUUGCGCUCUGGUUCGCCGAGCUCUCGCCAGUGGGCGCCGCUUUGGCAUGGUCGGCUUUGACCGGGAAAUGAGCUUUCUGAAGCAGGGCGUGGAGGUUGUCAUUGAGGACUGCAUGCAAGCUCCCAACGGCCACUUCCAAGUUCGAAUUGUGGGGACCCGCAUCUUCCAAUGUCUUGAGGCCUCCCAGCACCCGGAUGGCUACUACUUGGCCACGGUGAGCUUUCCCAGCCUGGAGCUGUCGGAGCUAUCGGAGCUGUCGGACGCCUUGGAAGAAGAGCUGCAGCAGAUGUUGAAAGAUCUGCAGGACUGGCAGGCCCUGGUCCGUUUGGAGCGGCCGCAGCAGCUGGACGCUAUCCUGCGAGACCUGGGCCCGCGGCCACCCGCCACGCAGCUGGGAGCGCUGAUGCUGUGGCUGGCAGCGCUGCUGAAUCCCUUGCCGCCGCUGGGCCUGGCUCCGGAGCUGCGGCCGCAGGUCCUGGCGGCGCC